CUCUCAGGGUGACAGUCAGUGUUGGUUUUCUCCUCGUUGGGGCAGCCUCAUCUCUCCUGAAGGAUGUCGGGCCCUCUGACUAACAGCUGCAGCUUUAGCUCUGCGCUCUUCCUGCUGUCUAUCUCCGUGGUCCUCCUCCUCCCGCCGCUGCAGCUGGACGCUAAGUCAUUGUCUGCUGCCCGUGGCGUGGAGGGACAAGGUCUGGACGCCACAGGAGGCGGGGUUAGGCGUCUCCGCAGAGACCUCCGUGAUUCGCUGCCGUACGAGGCCGGGAUGAUGUCCUAUCCUGGGGAGUCGGCUGACGUCCUGACCCGGCGGGGGGGUAACGAGCUGCUCUAUCAACCAGAGGAGUGGAGGGGGCAGGGCUUAGGACAGGCUCUGCAGCAAUUGGUGGAGAACGACCAGAGGCGGGAGCAAGAAACAGCAUACUUGGCCGGGUUGCUCCGCCUCCUCAGUGAAGUCGAUGUCCAGGGGCCCGGAGAGGAGGGCGGUGAGGAGAUCCAGGGGCCAGGGGACUUCCAGGUGCCCUAUCCCCCAGACUACGAUGAGACAGAGCAGGGGAUGAGAAUGGGAAAGCCCCAGGCUGCAGCUCCAUGGCAGGGCCUACUGGACCCCCAGCUCACCCAGGCUCUGCUCAACAGAUACAGGCAGGAGAGGCUGCAGCAGCAGGCCGGGUUACCAGCCGCCAUCAACAGGCUUGAAACAGGCAGCCAGGACCGAGACGAGGAGGCUCUGAGAUACCUGGUAUCUAAGGUCCUUUCCAACAUCAGUCCCACCAAGCCCCAGGGUUCAUCAGGCCGCAGGGCAAGGAGAGACCUGGUGUCUGUGUCUGGAGGUGGUGGAAGGGUCAGAGCUUCCUCCAGCCCAGUCCUCCACAGGUCCCGUCGCUCCCUCGACUCCCCUCCUUCCCCUUCCUUAAACCGGGAGCACUCUGUGGGGCUGCUGAGGGUCAAGAGGCUGGGGGACAUGGAAGGGGUGGUGGUAGAGGGGCCUGGUGGGCCGGGGGGAGAGAGGGAGGGCCACAGGACCCCCGACCACAUGGUGGAGCUUCAGAGAAUGAAGAGGAUCGACAACGAACUGCAGCCCCAGCCUGGUGGGAGACCCAGCCGCAGAAGACGAGCCCUGAACUACGACCCCAUAAUCUAUGACCCCGAGCUGCUAAUCCAACACAUUCUACACUACCUGCCACAGUAGAGAGGAGAGUUGGAGAGGGAGACAGAUGGAGAGACAGAGAGAGAC